CUUGUAAGAUCUCUGGGCGUCUCUUAUAAUUUGUGACAACAAUGAGUUUUAUUAUGAUGGGGCUAAAAUUUCCUUGGAAGAUACACUAAACCGCCAAGAAAUCCUAGUAUUAAUCAGAUUCAGUUAAUAUGGCUGUUAGAUGGUAAUUUUAGUGUAAGUUGUAUUAAUAUCGCUGCAACAUACGUGCUUCAUCGCUGAAUGCUUGCACAAUCGUUGUGCUUUACUCUUUGACUAAAAUUCCAUUUGCUGAAAAACUACAGUAUUUAAAUUUCUCAAUAUUUUGCAUUAAUGGAAGAACUGCGCGUGUCAGAUCAGCUGCCGUUUUGCAUUGAGACAGAGACUGCUGCGAAGGGAACGCGGUGGAACUCAACAACAGACGCUGCGACCUUGGUGGGGCCCUCAGCAACCGCGGGGAAAGAAGAGCCAUCACAUGCCGCAGAAUGUAAUAUCUUUGAAACCAUAUCUGGGCAUUCAAGAUUUUACCAAGCAAGGGAAUCAGGUAACGAUGUCGUAGAUCGUGGACCUCCACCUGGCAUUACGGAGGAGAAAUGUAGACUGGAAGUAGAAGAAGCGUACGCUCCAGUUUCCACUAGCGAAACGUGUGAGACACCCAGAAGUUCUGAAUGUCACACUGGAGCUACUGCAGGCGACAGUACUGCCCCUUCCUGCUCAGACAUGGAAGCACAGGCAGAUACAUUUUCUGACCACGAACCUCCUAUUGGGAAAAAAUGCUUUAGACUGGAUCUGGAUGGAACUUAUUCCCCAGGUUUCUCCAGAGAAACGUCGGAAUGUCACACUGGAGCCAUGGCAGGUGAUAACACCCUCCCGUAUUGUUCAGGCACAGAGGCAGGCACCGACAGUGUCGCUGAUCACGAACUUGCCGUUGACGUUAUUGAGAAAAAAUGUUCUAGACUGGAGAUGGAACAUGCCCUCUCGCUGGCUGUCUUCAGUGAAACCUGUGAAUCGUUGUCCAGAAGUAAGGAAUGUGACACCGACGCUGCUGCUGGGGGUGACAGUACCAUUCCACCAUUCUCGGAUGAAGACGAGCAUCAACUUUUCGAGGCUGUGUCCAUGUCGCACACAACAGGCGAAGGCCCUACAGAUACUGAAGAGCCUUACGAGCUAUGUGCUGCCGAUUUUUCCACAGUGCCAUCGGAAAUAGAAGAAAGCGUCUGGAAGGAGAUUCGUCACGUGAAACGGCGACUAUUGCAAGGGAACAAGCCAUCCACCAAGCGGCUCCCACGCGUUGCUUUGGUGGCACUGUUCGACGCAGUCGACGCCUUUAUCGGUGACGCCGGGUCGACUUCUCCCGGUCCCGCAAGUGGAGCCCGCGGCUCAGGACGCGGCUCGGGCACCUUCUUGACAUCCAGGCGGUGUGGUCCGGCUUCCAGGGUUUCCAGCCUCCAAGAGUCGCAACCGCCGGAGGAAGCCCACACAGGGGCCGACGUGUGGACCUCAAAGCACCUCUCGAAGACACUGGAAGCCAUCAGUUCGCGUCUCGAAAAUGUGGAACGGUCCUUGCGGUCGUACCGCUCUGACGCCGCAGAUACUUCCAGAGAAGUGACGGAGGAACAGAAACGGCUUCUUCUGGAAGUGGAGAGGAAGAUGGUUGGCGUGAUGUCUCAGGGGGUGGGAGAGCAGAGGUCCCGGCGGACGUUCCUGCAAGCAGAGGUGGAGCUGUUGGCGCGCAGGCUGCUGAGGCUGCGAGACGCCCUGAGGGCCGUAGGUGGGUGCGGGGGCGGGGGCGGCGGCGGCGAGGCCAGUGGCGGAGGGUACUUCACGGAGCUGGAUGUGCAGGUGGCGCUCAACGGCGCUAGGAGGCACCUGAGGGCUGCGCUGGCCGCGGCGGCCAAGCUCUCCCUGCAGCCGGCAGCCGACAGCGAAGAGCUGCCUUCUACCGGUGUCGAUGUUCAGGGAACUUGAUUCAGCGACUCUGUCACAGAGCUGUGCACCUUUUUGUCAUAAUAACGGUUGAAAAACCUCUGUUCGUUCAAAUAAAGCAGUUUUUCUGUUAUUUGGGUAGUGUUUUGUGAUUCUUACCACCAGAAACCUGGUAAAAAUAUAAAACCUUUCAGAUACAAAUGUGCAAAUAGAAA